GGGGAUCUGUUGAAUCACAACUUUGAGUGAAAUGUUGACAAUAGCUUUUAGACUAUUCAUCCUGCUUGCCAGCAUCUUGUACAAUGUACAUGGCAAUGUUUAUAACGCUAGCCAUUUACAGGAGAGAUUUCUAGUUGAUGGCAAUACCAUAACUGUGACUAUUGAUUCUCACCAUGCCAUCCACACGGUCAGUGACAAAUUUGUUAGCAUUACUCUUGAUUCCUGGGAACUCAAAUAUAACCUAAAGUUUUUCCAUUUAAGCCUAAAGAAGAUACGUAACCUUGCCAAAGGUCUGGCUCCAGCGUAUCUCCGUGUAGGGGGAACGGCCGCAGACUCCCUGAGCUUUAAAUCAGGGCCAUCAACAGACUUCAUAAUGGACGAGCGGGAGCUGGACACCCUGUAUCAUUUCGCAAGAGAUGUUGGCUGGGACAUGAUCUUUGACCUCAAUCUGCUUCACCGUCAUCACGGAGAAUGGGACUCUACUAAUGCCGAAUCACUGAUGAAGUACGCCGCCAGCAAAGGAUACAGGUUCCAUCUGGAGUUAGGAAAUGAACCGAAUUUAUACGAACGUAGAGGCAUUCACGUGGACCCAGCCCAGAUAGGCCGUGACUAUGGCAAACUUAAGCAUCUGAUGAAUUCUAUCCACCCUUUUAACGAAAUGAUGCUGGUAGGUCCGGCUUUCACAGGCAGUUUUCAUGUGGACUACGCUGAGAAGUUUCUGUCAACAGGGUCGACUUAUAUCGACGCCAUGACAGUGCAUCAGUAUUACAUGGACGGAUCGAAAGCGAAGGCGGAAGAUUUCUUGAAUCCGGACAUCCUGGAUAAUUUCAAGCGUUUGGCCAUUCAUCGGUCUCAGGAAGCCUUAUCCAAGCAUUCAAAAGGAACAAAGACUACCUGGGUGCUAGAGACGAGUUCAGCCUACGGGGGAGGCGCCCCAGUGCUCUCAGAAUCCUUUAUCGCCGGCUUCACGUGGUUGGACGAACUCGGCAUGGCUGCUGCCAAUGGUAUCCCUGUUGUUGCCAGACAAAACUUUGUGGGAGCACAUUAUUCUCUUGUUGCAAAUGAUAACCCAUUGCCAGACUACUGGUUGACAUUGCUACACAAACGUCUGGUAGGACGGAAAGUUCUCAAGGUCACCUCUAGCGAACAUAAUCGUCACUUCCGGAUCUACGCCCAUUGCUCCAAGGAACAUGGACAUCCUCACGGUGUCACAUUUUUCUUUCAAAAUAUGCUGAGUUCCGAAGUGAAGCUAAACCUGGAGCAGUACACUAAUCAUUAUUAUGAGCUCUACAUCUUGACGGCUGGCGGAGACGGGUCUUUGACAUCUAAGACCGUGAAGUUAAACGGCCAUGAACUGCAUAUGAACGGUGAUUCCCUGCCUACCCUCUCACCGGUAACCGACAGAGUCUGGCCUGUGAAGGUUCCCGGCCACUCGUUCGGGUUCCUGGUCUCACCCCACGCCGACGCAUCCGCAUGCCCAUGAAGCAAAGUUAGACACUUAACAAGCGGAACAUGCAUUUUUGUGUUUAUAUGUAGAGAAUAAAAGUGGAUAUA